UCUGCAAGAGCGGAAGGAAAGGAAGGGAAGCUGAGAGACAUAAUAGGGAGUAAGGCAUCGAGAAGAGGGAGGCAUACGUUCGGUGCAGUGUCAGUAUGUGCUGUUUCUAACAGUGAGGUAGGAGGAGAGGGGUAACAGGAGUAGGAGGAGGAAGAGGUGCUUCCUCUUCAGUCUGGGCUGAGCUGCUGAUGUAUCCCAGCAGCCUCAGUCCGUAGCAACAGGAAACCUUGGUAUAUAAAGCCACAAUCGCAGGGGGAACCCUCCUAAGUGUCUCUCAGCCGCAGCAUGACCAGGACCGAGAGCCCGAGAGUGUGGACUUAACAAAACAAUGACCAGCCUAAUCGUCGAACCACUCAACACACAGCACUUAAUCAUGGACAGAGAUGACAGGAAGAGAAACAAGAACAUUGGAAAGAACUUUAUGUGCCGACUCCAGUGCAUGUUCUCACACUCGUCAAGCUCUGAGAGGCUAAGUUUAGAAGAUACCCAACAAUGGUCACAGUCACUGGAAAGGCUCCUUGAGUCUAAAUAUGGACUGGCCACCUUUCGCAACUUUCUCAAGUCGGAGUACAGCGAUGAGAAUAUUGAGUUCUGGCUCACCUGCGAGGACUACAAGAGGAUCAAGUCUUCAUUCAGACUGUCCUCGAGAGCCAAGAAGAUUUAUGAGCAGUUCAUCAAAGCAGAAUCUCCCAAAGAGAUCAACAUUGACUAUCACACCCGAGAGCAGAUCAAAAGGAACGUCAAGACUCCCACCAUGCAUUGCUUUGACGAUGCUCAGAAGAUAGUUUAUGGGCUGAUGGAAAGAGACUCGUACCCGCGGUUCCUACGCUCGGACAUUUACAGAACUCUCCUGGAAAACCUUGCCGCCGACGCCACAAAGGGAUGAAAGCGCAGUCGGGGGGAGAGAGAAAAGGACAUAAAACCCAUAACUGGAAUGUUUGUGCACCUUCCGGAGGAAGGACCGACGACAAAGAAGGACGGAGAGUCACCCUGCGCGGCACACGUACAAACACAGAGGCCUCACACCUCGCCGUCGUCACCAGAUCCAGAAGCAAACCGCGCCUGAGUCCCGUCGUGGGCAGGAUCCCCGCACUGAGCGCCACACUCCCGAGGACUGUUUAGCAAGGAGAAGACGAAGAAUAAACAUGACCAGCCUUAAUGAUAAUGACCCCGUGGUGUGCACUUGCACUGGAUGAUAAGUGUGUGUACGUAGGCAAAUUGAGCGCCGUCACAAUGAAUGAGUCAGUGGGGCCGCCGACAUUUGUUCUGACUGUGGAUCUGUGUAAGCAAACCACGCAACGGGCCUCCUUUGGCCUUCUUUGCAGAGGUGUUUCCUGUGCAGAUUAAGACAGAGGAUGUAAGAUGCAGCUGUCACACUCAAUUACUUGUGUCUGUGUUUGUGUGUGUGUGUGUGUGUGUGUGUGUGUGUGCCCGCCUGUGUAUUCAUACGUGUCUUUCUGUGGUUGUGCGGACAGAUUUUGGUUCGAGGCUAUUGUUGCGAGGUCCUGAGGAACUUCAAAGGGCUGUUUGAUGGUUUAGACUUGGUUUUUCAGGGCGAGGGGCUAAGGCGUCCAUUGGGUAAAGGGCAAGGGAAGGCGCUAUGUUAAUGGGUGUCCUCCCAACCACAGAAGGACCAGCGUGAGUGUGUUUAGUUUGGGCGUUCAACUGCCACUGACACAUAGUAAGCUGUCACUAAAAGAGUUGGCCGGUGAUCUGAUGACGGCACUAGGGAAGGCAGCCGCUCCGUAGCAGACAGAGGGCUCAACAGUCAUAUGCCAUCCUUAGCGAAGGGUUGCAGAAGGCCACUUCAUUCUGCAACUGGCCUCCUGGGACACUUUAAAAGGAGAUUUAUCUUUUGAUUGCUUUUUUUCUUCUCUAGAUUUGACCAAUAUGGUGUUUUAAAAACUUGCUGGUAUUUUGUUUUGUAUUUUAUUUUUUUUAGAUUUAGACUGCCUGUGGGUGAUAGUUUGUGCAAAUAUUUAAUACAGUAGUUAAUAUUUUUCUUUCAAGAAAAAUGCAAGUAUUUUUAUUUUUUGUUUUAUUUUUAUUUUUUAGAAAAAUACAGGAGAGUUAUAUUUUCAAUCAUAGCGGAACAUUUUCGUGUGGAAUCUGAACCAAAUUCUACAUUACGGCAAGAACAAGAACUACCCAUUCACAGCCGGUGAUGUCUAAUUUAAUUCCUCGACACACAACUACUGACCAAAGUCUAAACUCAAUUCUUAUAACACUGAAGUGUCAACGAUUGUGAUUUUAUGUGAUAAACUAUUUGAGUGGAAAUGUAAUAAAGAUAGUGUGUUUCACAUUGCAUGAUAGGAUGUUAAAACUCCGUGUAUACCCUGAGAGCAGGCCUUCUUACUGCUUUCCCAACCAUGUUGUUUGAAUGCAUUCUUAAGUUAACUUUAAAGUUAAACCUUGUAUUAUUUAUUGUUAUUUGUCACCAUUUGAGUACAAAGAUUGUUGCAGUGUUGAUGUGCCUGUUAAAAUGUUAGUGAUUUGAAUGACAUUAAAUUAUUUAAAUUGCACACUUGGAAGUAAUUGAAC